AUGGGGCGCAGAGCCUGUGAGCAGAUCACUUGCCUUUUGUUGGACAGAGAACUGGAACGGCGGAGACAGAGACCGGGACUUCCCGAACAGAGACGGAAUGUCAGGGACAGAGAGCAGUACCUUACAAACAGAGACCGGAACACCGGGAACAGAGAGCGGAAUCUCGCAGUCAGAGAGCGGACCUUUGCGGACAGACACUGCGACGUUGGCCACAGAGACCGGAAUGUCAGGGACAGAGACCAGAGCUUCACGGCAGACGGGAACGUCGGGAAAAGAGAAGGGAACAUUGGAGACAGAGACCGGGACUUCCCGAACGGUGACCAGAACAUUGCGGACAGGAACCCGAAAAUCAAGACCACGGACAGGAACGUCAGGGACAGAGACACCGGAGACAGAGACCGGAAUGUCAGGGACAGAGACACCGGAGACAGAGACCGGAAUGUCAGGGACAGAGACACCGGAGACAGAGACCGGAAUGUCAGGGACAGAGACACCGGAGACAGAGACCGGAAUGUCAGGGACAGAGACACCGGAGACAGAGACCGGAAUGUCAGGGACAGAGACCCGACCCUCACGGACAGACACCGGGACACGGUGGACGGCGGUCAGUAUGUCGGAGACAGAGAGUGUAACGUCGCAGACGGACACCGGAAUCACAGAGACAGAGACUGGAAAAUCAGGGACAGAGAUGGGAACGUUGUGGACAGAGAUGGGAACGUCGGAGACGGAGACGGGAAUGUCAGGGACAGAGCGCAGACCGUCACCAACAGAGACGCGACCGAUAUGGACAGGAACUGGAACGGCGGAGACAGAGACCGGGACUUCCCGAACAGAGACCGGAAAGACGUGGACAGAGACCGGAAUGUCGAAGCCAAAGGCUGUAACGUGGCAAACAGUGCCCCGGACACCAGGGACAGCGACCGGUACCUCGGGGGCGGGUGUGGGUGUCACAGGGCCGGAGCCCCGGUCAGCAGCCGGACACAGGGCCACAGCCACCGUCACCAUGGAGACCGAGACACCAGAGAGGCCGAGCGCCGGCGUCACGGCGACACCGGGAGGCCCGGGGCCAGGGCCGGUGGUGGAGGAUCAGCCCGCGGUGCUGCGAGGCAGUGUGUGUGUGGCUGUACCUGCGGUGCUGCUCCUGGACAAGCCGCUGUCUCCCACUUUGGGGAAUUCUCAAUCAGAAAAGCUGCGGAAAGAGCUCACGGCCACGGUCACCCAUUUUACCAGACGUUUCCUGGAUUUAUUGAGCUGCAAAUUCAGCAGAUCAGGAGGGGCAGUGUGGUGAUUGAGUACUCGGCAGUGUUCUGGGGUUGGGGGCUGGGAGCGCUGCUGUCAGACGCGGGAAGGCUGCUGGAGGUGACGGGGCUGCGGAGAGCGGUGAGGAGGGGGCUGAGCCUGGCCGGGGUCCGUGUGCUGCGUGUCUACAUCCCAGAGCGGGGGCUGGACCUGUGUGGGACACUGUUCUCCUGCCCGCCCGGGUUCAGCUGUGUUCACACCGAGGCCGGGAAUGUGACCUGUACGUCGCUGUGUCACCAACUUUACUGUAAGAACAGUGGCAUCUGCUCUCACAGCCACCAACAGCUGCCACUGUGCCGGUGUCCUGUGGGCAGUGAUUACUGGUAUAUGGGCUCGAGGUGUGACCACCGAAUGACACAGCAAAGCCUGACAGGGAUAGUGUGUGGGGUUGUCCUGGCGGUGGCUGUGCUGCUGGGAGCCGGAACCAUCGCUGCUCUCAGGAGGGUUAAGAACCUGUUGACGGAAGCCAGGACAGACCAGACCCAGAGCAGUUACAGACGUUUCAGCCGUUUUGAUGACCUCUCGGUCCAUGACUGGUCACGCUCUUGGCUGAACUCCACCAGCUCCCUGGACAAUCCCGUGUUCAGCCGCUCGGACGAGUUUUUGCACCUGCACAUGCUGGACAGCAGCUACUACAGCGGCCUCGACCCCUUCUCCAGUGGCCUCCACCCCCCCACAGACACAGUCUGCGGACGGUCCUGGACCUCAGUGACGGGAGCGUGACCGAGCGUGGCGACUCCGGCCAAGCCAGCGCGCUGUCUGUCUCCAGCUGGCCUCCAGAGCCCGGCCCCUGGGCACCGCUCCACGCUCUCUAUCAACUCCAGCUCCACUCACCGUUCAAAGCCAGGAGGCCUCGCUCUUACUUUGAGGGGAUGGAGCUGGUGAGCAUGGAGAGGAACUGGACAGCUUAGCCCCGGAGAGAGAGAGAGAUGCUGACUGCCCCCCUCUCCCCUCC